AUGAAUAAAGAUGACAUAGACCGAUUAAAUGUAUUCCCCCCCGAGGGAGGAGGGGAAAAUGAAAAUGACGAAACGGAUGAGAAUGAGCUCGGCAAAAGGGAAAAGUGCAUUCCCAUUUUGGACACGUCCUCUCCGGGGGGCAGUCAUAACGAAGUCGGGGGCAGCAAUCAGAGGGACAAUCUUCCGGAAACAAAUGAUUCCCCUAAGGGGGAAUCUCCAAUAUGUACUUUAGGCGAGGUGGUCCAGGUGGGAAACGGUGAAAACUCAGAAAAGGCACAGAAGGCAGAAAAGACAGAACACGCACAAAACGCUGAGAACGCAGAAAACACUGCGAGCAUCACCAACCCAGAUGACACCAUGAAUCGUGAUCAAGCCAAGGAGGGCACCCCCCACCCAACGGAAAGGAAGGAAAGUGCUCCCCUAACCUGCAGCAUAAACACCGUUGCAACGACCGACAGUGGGGAAAACGACACGACGGAAAGUCCUCCAACGGACACUCCAAAUUGUUCCAAUUCUAUUAGCUGCAUUAGCACAGUGCGUAAUCAUAACACACAUGCGCAGGUAGAAUUGGUAGAGCACAAGUUAGAGUGCAUUCCUGUCAUAGGCGAAGCGAAGGAAGCCAAUUUUGCACCCCAGAUAAAUCUAGAAUCGAAAAGGGAGAAGUCGAAUCUGGUAGAAGCUGCCAAUCCCUGUGCGAUAGUGACUUACAGUGAGGAGUUACUUGCAGCUGAGGAUUGCACGAGGGAGGUAGCUGAUGUCGUGCGCGAAGUUGCUGGUUGCAUGAUUGCUGAUAUCGCGAAUGAGGUCGCCAAGAACAGUGUUAAACGAGGAGAGCAGAUACUCUCCCUCGCACGCACAGUAAGCAGUUUCCAGGCCGAACUGGUGGAAAAAAACAAAGGCACAUUCGAAGAAGUUAAAAAAAGGAGCUGCCUCUUUGUGCUAGCCAUCCAGAAAUCAUUUAUGAACAAAACAGAAAAGAUCCUCUGCACCAAGUGCAGCCCCCGAUUGGCGUGCCUGAAUGCCUGCCAUGAACUUUUCAAAGUAAUAUUAAAACUGCAAGUAGAAAAAGAAACGAGCGAAUUGUACUUGUGUCACUUUUUGGACAAGCUGAAAAGGGACGUGGAAAAGGCCAACGAUACGGCGCAACAGCGAUGGGCACAUGAGAUGACCGAGCAGAUGACCCAACGGCUGACCCAGCCGCUAACCGAACAGGUAGCGAAAGAGGUGGCUCACCAAAUGAAGGAAGCACAACUCAAAAUAAACAGCCUAACCAAAGACAAAACAACCCUUAUGGAAACCAUUAAAAAGUGGGAGGUGCAUUUUCACCAAAUGAAAAGUGAACAAGAAAUCAUCCACGCCAGGGUUAAAAUCAGUGUCCAUACAAGCUUCCUGAAUUUUACGGAGUAUAUAUUUCAUCUUCUCCUAAAGGUUCAUUCUGCCCUUUGCCAGAAGAGUGACAAACUGGCAUUUUUAAUCAACCGAUUGAAAGGCGUUGGACUUGACUGCGGAACCUCCCAGGGGGGGAAAGCGAAACGGAAGAGGAGGGGGAGGGAGGCACGUGGAGAGACCCACCACAGUGAUGGAAAAAUCCGUACGGAUAAAAAAAAGGAAAGGCAGAGAAGGAAAAAAAGAACCGUGGGAAGAAGCAAAACUGGCAAUAGGAGCGAAGGUAGCAAUGGGAACCGACGUAGCAGUAGAAGCGAAGACUGCACGUCCUCCCUUGGAGGGAGUAGCCCCCCGCGCAUUGACAGCUCAAGCUUCUCCAAAUCGGGUAACCACCACUCGUGUAGCACCUCCUCCUGUGUAUCCAACUCCAGUAUGUGUCUUUCGAAUGAGUUGUGCCUCUCCGAUCUGACGCACAUGAACACGAAGGGACUCACGGACAAAAGGGGCAAAAAGAAGGGACGCAGAAAAGUGAAGCAGCUGCUAAUAAGGGCAAGUCCAUCCAAGGAGGGGAAAAAUAGAGCUCGCUCCGUGGACAACGCGGGGAAGGCGCCCCCCAAUAAGGGGAAAAGGAAACCUGGCCAUAAGGAGCUGCGGGAUCGACGAGAGCGGCACCAUCAUCACGAUAAACGCAAGUUAUAUAGCCGGUAUAGGAAAUACAAAAGGCUCUACGCCGAAGAGCUGCAAAAAAACAAAACGUUACAUUUUCUGCUGACGAACAAGGAUGAAGAAAUCGCACAAGUUCGAAGUGCACUGAAGGAAGAGAUGCACAGCCGACUUCUCCUCCACGAGAAGGAAGAGAAAAACAAAUUAAAAGAAAUAAAUGAUCUGAAGGGGUUGCUACAGGAUGGAGAAAUAAUCAAUAGAAAGCUAGCUAUCCGAAAUGAAGAGGUGGAAGAACUAAAUAAAAAUUUAAAAAAAAAGCUCGACAUGUAUGAAGACACACAGGAACAAUUAAACAAGAAGAUGUGCGAACUGAACAUGGUACUUAGCAAGGAGAGGAGAAAGAUCAAACGGUUGGUUUCUCAAAAUGGAAAAAUGAAAAGCGCUCUUUUUGGAUAUAAUCAUGCAGUGAACUUUCUUGAAAGGGGGAGAUAUCGUCCUAAUGGAAAGUGGUGCGUUAAUGUUUCUCCUGCGGAGUGUAUAGACGGAGAUAUGGGGAGCGAAGCGGACAGCAGCGUUGGAAGUAAAGAAGACAGCAAUGUGGGAAGCGAAUUAUACAGCGAGAGCAGCGAACAUUUGUAUGAGGACGAAAUGUAUGCUCCACUAGGCACGGUGAAAAAGGUCCAAGAUAACUCUACGAAGAAGCAAAGGAGGGAACUGCUUCUGCAAGGAAAAAUUAAGAAAGCGCAUGGGUACCCACAUAACAACAGGGGAAAGGAUGCCUAUGGAAGGCAGUACGAGCAGAAUGAAUACAAACACGUUAAGUUAAACUCCUGCUGCUUUAGUGAUAACUCCGUGGAUGUUCGGAUGCCGAGGAGCAGGCGCGUCCGGCGGGGCGGCGGCACCAAAGGGAAGCUGGGCGUCCUUAAAAAGGGCAACGGGGAAGAAGUGGAACAUCAAAAGGGGAAACAUCAAAAAGGGAUACACCACGAAGGGUGGCAAAAUGGACAGCACAACACGCAACACAACACGCAGAACAGAGACCAUCAGUGUGCCCCCCCAAACAGAGACGAGCGAGUACCCAUCGAUGACCAAAUCCGAAGAGACCUCCAAAAUUUCGACGAAACGAAGUACAAAAGGAUUAUAAGUGACAUUACGAAAGAGGAAAAAGUAAUUGAAAAAAUGAAAGAGGACGAUUUGUAUUCUAUAUUUAUGCAGAACUGGGAGGAAUCUCAAUCUCACAUGGGAUCAGACGAAGGGACAAGAAAUGGGCCCCUCUCCUGGUCAGGAUCAUUCAUGCACCAUCUGAAUAGAAGCGUGCUCUGUGCCAAUCAAGAGGAGAGAAUCCCCUCUGGAGGGAAUUAUGAGCAAGUGGAAAGGGGGAUAACUAAAGGGACAAAACGGGGCGACUUCACAGAAGGUAGUUACACCAACGCUGUGGAUAAUCUCCCGGAUGGACACACAGACGGGGCCUACCUUUGUCGGGAGGAGAACACCAUGGGGACAGUCACUCAGGGGGGAGGAACCCCAAUGGGACAUCCUUCACGGAACGAAAAUGUCACGUUAAAUUAUGACCCGAACGGUGCAGACAAAAUGCAUGUAUUCCCCGUGGAAGAGACGCAGAUUGCUAAUCGAACAGAUCUGCUAAGGGGGGAGGAGCAGCCCCAUGAGGGGGAAGCAAACAACAGGAUGGAUACUUCAAAAGAGAUGAAUGACUAUGUUGGGAAAGACAUCGGUGGUGUCAUCGGUGGGGCAUAUACUUGCGAUGUCCGGGACGGGGACCCUGACAUGGGGCAGCAUGGAACGAAUGACAUCCAAGGGAAGGAAUCGAACCAACCUACCAAUAACCCCCAGGGGGAGGCCAUUGACGAGGGAAUCUUAAAAAAUUACGAAACGUACAAAAAGAACAAAGACAAAUUCAUUCACCUGACUUUACGCAGGAAGGUAGCGCACGUGGGAGAGGAAGAUACACCCACAGGAGGAGGAAAAAAAAACACAUCCCUAGCAAAAGUAUUAAACAAGGAGAUGCCCAGAAGGGAGAGUAAAAAUUGUUCCCCUCUUUAUGCCGAGGAAGAGGAGGCCUUCCAAAUGGAUAAGAAUUAUUCCCCUUUUCAAAGCGCACAAAAUGGCAAUCCCCUCGAUAAGGAUAGGGACAUGCGAGAAAACCUCAUGAUGCAUUAUACAUACCGGAAGGACAACCAUAGGGGUGUAACCCUAGACAGCAAUAUCCACGAUAGGAGUCACAUUGCACCAACUGCAUAUGACAACACGGAUGCGCACUUCUUUCAAACAUCUGAGAGGAGGGAUGAGAAACGGGUCGAGAUAAGGAAGGGCAGUCUGGUGCAUGAUCUAGGUGAACAGAAUGACGAACGGGGGGCGCAGAAGGCAAAUGGAGAAGCCAAAAGAAUGACCCCACUCGGAAUAGCACGCAACCCACACACAAACGAAUUCAGCCUACAUAAUGUGAACAACAGUAUGUUGACUAAAAAUGGUGCAAGUCCUACAGGCCAUACAAGUGGUACAAGCUAUCCUCCUUUGGGUGGGGGAAAUUCUCCGGAAAAAAAGAUCCUCCCCAUGUGUGAAGAUAUCACUGCCCUGCAUAAGGAAGGACUAAUUGGGGACAGUCGCCGAGGGGACGGCGCUGCGUACUCAUCGCAUUCCUUGAGCAUGUUGAUGGGCGCCAAUCGGAAGGACAAGAUUGGGUGCAGACUAAUCACCCCGGAUGCACCAAACGCGGGUGCUACCCUAUAUGCGGGAACCCAUUUGGUAAAGGGCGACAUGAACGCAGAGAAGUUGUGUCCCCCCCUGUCACACGAGGAGCACAAUACACCACGUAUAUGUGCUGCGAAAUUAAGUGAACGGAAUGGAAGUGCCACACCGACGGGAACCCCUCCAAUCGAGGAUCAUUCACGUGGCGCAGCAAACGGAAUAGUAAAUCACACCCAUCAGAAAGGGGGCAAUCCUUGGGAGAGUAAAAACAGCGUGGGUAGUACCCACCCCAAGAAUGAAGCGCUCAAUAAACCCCUCAAUGAAGCAUUGGGGCCGUACCAAAAAGGCGGCGCAGCUGUACCAAAAACGGACUCCUGCGAAGGCGCCUCACAGAGGAAGAGUGUCGGGGAUAGGGGCGUCUUAAGUAGGUUGCUCAGGAGGAAGUAA